AUUGUACGGCAGGUGUAAAACACGAUAGUUGUAAAAUGGUAUUUUAGAGGCGGUCUCUACCUGUCAACGACAUUCUUUUUUACGGUGUUGAGAAGUGAGGAUCUAGAAAUAAAUAUAAUAAAAAUUAAUUUUAAUUAGCAUUAAAGAAUUUGUUCGGAACUUAGACAAUAUAAUAAUAUGAACUAGCAUAACCGCAAUUGGAUAUAAAUUUAAUAAUUCUAAUUUAUAUAUACAGAGUCUGUGGAUUAUAUAGGACAUAACAAUGUUGGGAUCGAAGAAACAACAGUUUUACGUUCAGUUUCUCGGAUGGGUAGAAACCAGCGGCCUGCGCGGGGUUCGAUACACGGACCCGGUUAUCAAUGACCUACGCAGGAAAGCAAAGAAAUGGAAAUAUGCACCGAAACUUACUUUGCAAGUUGGAAAGAAAGAAAUGAAGAUUACUCAGGACAUACAAGACGAAAAGAAAAAAGGGAAGAAGAUAAAGACCAUUAAGUUCCCGAUUAUACCGUCACGUGACAUCACUUUCGCCGUGCAGGCCCAGAAUCCCCUGGACGGAACACCAGACGACAUUGUUGCAUGUAUCUAUCUCGGAUAUGUUCCAAGAACGCAGAGAUAUGUUCACGUGCACGUGUACAGAUUUGACUCUUCAGAGACGGCGACAACGUUCACACGUUUCCUUAACCACAUCAUUGCUUCAAACGCUGAUCGAACGCUCGAUAUCGAACGACAACUCAUCCAGCAAGGUCAUAUAGAAGACCAGCCAAGCCGAGUACCAAUCAAUGUUCAUGUACGUACUACUCACAUGAACCACAACAACAACCGGUUCAAUUCCUCUGACGGAAUGAGCGACCGGGCUCAAUUUGAAGAUUCCGGGGCAGAUUCGGGAUCAUUCAGCGACGAGGGAUUUCCUUCCGGAAGUGACGAUAUUGAACCAGAUCUUCAGAGUCUAAAAGACGCUGUUCCGUUUGAUUCCGUAACAGAUGAACUUAAAGCUCGUCUUCGGCUUACAGAAACACAAGCUGCCGCGCCUCUCUUACUGCCCCCAAAAGACUAUGACACUGUGGUCCGCAGACAUGGCGAUCUUGACAAAGCAACCAAAAGGAAAUGUCUUCAGAUACCAAUUGUUGGCAGCCGACACAGAAAUGGCUCAGACGAGAGCGGCAUUGUAGACCCAUCACCUACAAGUUCUGAGGGCAAACCGAACUCAAACCUUGACUUGUCCGAUGACAAAAUUUCAUCUCUUCACUCUUCAAAUGGCAUUUCCACGCCACCUGUAGCACCAGAAAACAGAUAUGAUGUCUACCAACCUAUAACUUCUCCCCGAAGUCCCAUGACUCCGAGAAGUUCUUCAAGUUUUGACCAGUAUCCAAGACGAUCUAGACCUGCCUCUUCGUCCGGUGUUCAUAGUAACAGAUCAUCGGGUAAUUACUCCUCAGGUAUAGAACCGAGAUCAACUGUCAUUUACAAUGGAAGGUCUCAUAUCGCGGAUAUUCCUCCAGCCGAUUACGAAGACAACAGCGCGCCAAUUAUGCGACAGAAAGUUGGCAUGUUUUCAGAAAGAGACCUCACAAAAAGUAUGCCGAGUGACAUAUUAAAGGAAGAACUUGACUAUGUAUGGUAUGUUUAA